CGUCACCAAAAGCACGAGGCGGAAGUACGGAAACACUCUGGGAAUUCAGCAUGGCAGCGUGCAACAUAGAAGAUGUACUGGCGAAAGCCGAAAGAGAUGAAGCUGAAAAAAUAAAAAGUAUCUCUGUUCAGAAAGAACUGGAUCUCGAUUUCGACAUAGGCAAUCUGCUGGCAUACGACAAGAACCGUAUUGAAGUCCAAGUGUUUCGUACGCAGAAGAAAGAGGAGUUCCUAUGUUCUCUAGCUCGUGACAACACACAGCUUCUUGUAAAUGAGAUAUGGAAGCAACCAACUGAGAGGGUUCAGGAGGUGAUCGUGGUCAAACUACCUGAACCGACUACUCGACUUCCCAGAGAAAAACCUGCUCCCAAGCCCAAAGCCCCUACCAAAUGGGAAGAAUUUGCAAAGCUGAAAGGAAUUCAGAAGAAAAAGAAAACAAAUCUGGUAUGGGAUGAUGUUGCGAAGGAAUGGAAGCGGCGUUGGGGCUACAAGAGGGCCAACGACGACACCAAGGAAUGGAUGAUUGAGGUUCCCGUGACUGCCGACCCGAAUGAGGACCAAUUUGCCAAACGCAACAAAGCCAAGAAAGAGAGAGUGGCAAAGAACGAGUUGCACCGACUGAGGAACAUAGCCAGGGCACAGAAAAUUAAAGUGCCCGGCGUUGGACUCACACCAACACUUCAGCAGUCUCAAACUGACUUGACAAGAGCUGUCAAUGUGGCCAAGGCGUCCACCGCAUCAGUUGGGAAGUUUCAAGACCGCCUACCCAAGGAGAAAGCUCCUAAAAACACAGGCAAGAAGAGGAAAUUCCAACCGAACAUUGGCGACUUUAAAAAUGAAAAGGAAAGACAACUGGAACUUCUAAGAGUAAUGGACACUAAGAAACCACGACUUGACGUCAACAAAGCUGCCAAUAAGCAAAUGCGCGAGGAGGACAGAGAGGCAGCGUCCAAGUUUAGAAAGGGCUCUGGAAAGAAGGGACGGGGAAGCUUUUCUGGGAAGGGGAAAGGUGGAGGAGGUGGGAAAGGUGGAGGCGGCAAGGGUGGGAAAGGUAGAGGCAAAGGAGGCAAACCUACUGGGGGUAAAGGAGCUGGGGGAAACAAUCGGGCUAGGCCUGGGAAGCAUUGAGCAGUAAAGCCUUUAAUGUGACUUGGAGGAACUUCUAAGUGCCACUAUUGCCUUGAUCAUAAGAAGACAAAUGCAACCUGGCCCAGACAACAACCAUAAGUGUCAGUGUCUAAUGUUAUUAUCCCUCUGUCUCCCCCUGUAGUCUGGUGGGUUGCAUUGUACAUGGUGAAUUGUCAGUGAAUAUUGUAAAUAUAUUACACAUUUCUGUGCAAGUUGUUUUUGACCUGAGUCAGUCGGGGAUUAAUAUCUUAUAUAUUUCUCAAUGUGCAAGACAUGGAUAUACGUUUGGACAUUCAUAUUAAAAGUGUAACUUCCUAAA